AAAUCAUACUCAAAGCUCAGAAUGUUACUUUAAAACACUUGAAUUUCACACAAUUCAGUUCAUAUACUCCUCUUCUUCAUCAAUCCUCCAAACCCUAACCCUAAAAAAUGAAUCCCCCAAAUCUCCUCCUCCUCUUCACACUCUCUAUACUCACAUUCUCCAUCUUUACAUCUUCAUCUUCAUCCCCUUCAAUCUACGACAUCCUCAAUUCCCACGGCCUCCCCAUCGGUCUCUUCCCCAAAGGCAUCACCAACUUCACAAUCAACCCCUCCACGGGCCGAUUCGAGGUCUACUUACAGCAAUCCUGUAACGCCAAGUUCGAAUCCAACGUCCGGUACGAUUUGAACGUUUCGGGUACGAUUCGGGUCGGGCAGUUGGGCGAAUUGUCCGGAAUUGCGGCCCAGGAGCUGUUUCUUUGGUUUCCUGUUAAAGGGAUUAGGGUUGAUAUUCCGAGCAGUGGCUUGAUUUAUUUUGAUGUGGGGGUUGUGUUUAAGCAGUUUUCGGAGUCGUCGUUUGAGUCGCCGAGGGACUGUGUGGGGACGGAAGGGAGAUUGGCGGAGACGGAUGGGCUUGUUUUGGUUGAUAAGCUGCGUGCUGUGCAGAAUCGCUUAGAACAGCCUCCGAGUAAAUAUGGCAUGGCAGAUGCAUUAAGGGCCGUCUCAUAGGCUCAUUACUGGAACAAGGUCUAACAUACCUGCUAUGUUUUGAUUUCAUUUUUGUCUUGAGAGUGUCAAAGAUCUGGCUUCGCAUCUAUUGUGUGUUUGUUUGCUGUAUGUUUGAUACUGUACCCCUAGUUAUCAUCUGUAUGCACCGAGAGAAGGGGGUGGGACAA